ACGCUGGACGAAACGGUCAUGGAGACGAUUAUGCGGGAUGUCCGCGCCGUGGGAGUUAAGCUCAAGGUCGUCAUGAUGCCGCUAGAUCUCAUUCAACAACUCAAGGAUUGGGAUCUCUGGGGGCCACUCGUGUUGUGCUUAUCGCUGGCCGUCAUUUUGUCGUUUCGAGCUCCUACAGACCAAGCCGCCCUGGUUUUUGCGGCUGUCUUUUGCGCUGUUUGGGUGGGUGGGACUGUUGUCACCGUAAACGCUCAGCUACUGGGAGGCACCAUUUCCUUCUUUCAGUCCCUUUGCGUACUCGGUUACUGUGUCUUUCCCUUGACUUUGGCCGCGAUUGCGAUUGGUUGUAUGAAACUAAUUAUCAAUACUUGGAUGUGGAUCGAUUUCAUUCUCGUCGCGGUGGGAUUUGUGUGGGCAACCCGAUCGAGCUCCGUGUUUAUCAGUCUCUACGUCAGACGAGAUCGAAGGUUUCUGGCACUGUAUCCCGUUUUUUUCUUUUACACAUUUCUGGGAUGGUUGAUUCUGCUAUUCUAG